AUGGAUAGUCCCUAUUCCAAAGAGUUGCAAGUCGCAAUUGGAGCCAUUCAAUCAGCGGCCAAACUGAGCCAAGCGGUAAUCUCAAACGAAGACAAGGGGACGAUCGAGAAAGACGAUCUAAGCCCCGUCACCGUAGCCGAUUUCGCCAUCCAAGCUCUUCUAACCGCCACUGUCCACGGCGCCUUUCCCAACGACAAGUUCGUCGGCGAAGAAUCCGCAGCGGACUUGAGGGUCAACCCCGUCCUCCUGAAGCGCGUGUGGGAAUUGCUCCAGAGGCUGAAAGAUGAGGAAGCCGCGCAGCUUUGCAAAUUGCCGGGGUCGCCCGAGGAGAUGUGCGAGAUGAUCGAUUGGUGCGGUUUCGGCGAGCCCGGGGGGCCGCGGGCCGGAAGGGUCUGGGUUUUUGAUCCGAUUGACGGCACCCAGACCUUCGUCCAAGGCAAAGCAUACGCGAUCAACGUUGCGUUGCUGGAAGGCAACAAGCAAGUACUUAGCGUCGUGGGCUGUCCGACGCUGUCGUUCGAUGCUAGCGCUCCUGUCACGAACACCUCCUUGGACCCUACGGGACGCGGCUCUAUUGUUUUCGCCGCGAAGGGGUAUGGCACGUAUGUUCGCCCGCUAGUCGCAUCGCCGCCUCAAGAAGUGCAAGUUCGCAGGAUCGAGCCGGUCGCCGAAACGGAGUUACCCCUAACGCUACGGCCGGUAUCUUGCUACAACAUGUUAGAUUCAGGGGUUGACGACGUUCACCAAAUAAUUAUGCAGAGGCUUAAUAUCGAAACCCGAGGGUGCGAUCUCUUGGCUUGGGUUCUUCGAUGGGUGACUCUCGGAUUGGGACUAGCAACUAUGACCGUAUGGGUAUACAAGAAGCGGGAACGCACCGGGAAGAUAUGGGAUCAUGCUGGCGCCAUGCUCUUGUUCGAAGAAAUUGGAGGCCACAUCACGGACAUCGACGGCAAGCCCAUCGACUUGGGCGUGGGUAGGAAGAUGACCGCCAACCACGGCUUCGUCGCCGCGCCGAAAGCAAUGCACCCUCUGGUACUAAAGACCACUCAGGAAGUUAUUCGCGAGCAAGGAAAGGCACAUCUCCUCGCUUGA